AUGAGCCUGGGCAUCAUGGAAGAAGAAGACCUGGCCGAGUACUUCCGGCUGCAGUAUGGGGAAAAGCUGCUGAAACUGCUCCAGAAGUUCCCCAGUGUGGAGGAGCAGUCGGAUUCCCCAUCCAUCCGACUACUGGAGAAGAAAAAGGAGGCCAAGAUCAUGCACCAGGCCAUGGAGCAGAAAAAAGAGACAUUUAAGCGCAGGAUGGAAAACCUGAACCUGCGCUGGGAAGAACUUGGGGUCAAGGAAGAGCAGCUGAAGGCCCACAUCCAGAAAUUUGAGCAAUUCAUCCAGGAGAAUGACCAGAAACGGAUCCGAGCCCUAAAGAAAGCCAACAAGGAGCGGGACCUGAAGAAGCAGCGGCUGCGGGAACUGACCAAGGCCAAGCAGGAAAUGGCUGCCCUGCGGCAGGAGCACCAGCGGCUCAGUGUCAAACUGCAGGACUAUGCCAUUUUCAAGAAGUACCUGGAGAAGGUGGUAGAGAACUCUGAGUUCGAGGAGAUCCACGAAGUGAUCGCGCGUUACAAGACGCUGGUGAGCAUGCGCCACGACCUCAUGCAGUCGGCGCAGGAGGGCCAGGAGAAGAUCGAGCGCGCCAAGGCGCGGCUGGCCCGCUACACCGAGGAGAAGGACGACGAGGUCCUCCAGCACAACAACGAGCUGGCGCGGCUGCAGAUGCGCUUCGACCGAGCCCGCAGCGACGUCAUCUUCUGGGAAUCGCGCUGGGCACACAUCCAGAACACGGCCGCCAAGAAGACCCUCCUCCUUGGCACCAUCAAGAUGGCCACACUGAACCUCUUCCAGAUCGUGAGCAAGCAGCAGAAGGAGGCCUCCCAGGUGGCCCUGGAGGACACCCACAAGCAGCUGGAUAUGAUCCAGCAGUUCAUCCAAGACCUAUCAGACAUCUGGGCAGAGGUAAAGAAGAAGGAACAACUGCAAUCCCGGUAG